AGAUUUUGUACUCCCAACAAACAAAACAAUAGUAGCUCCAAUCUCCAAUCUUUCUGGCCUCCAAAGGAGAUGAAAGUGGAAGAAAAGAACAGAGAAAAAGGGCAAAACUUUCCCUUUUACCAAACAAAAGACAGAAAGUGAAAGUCUGAAUUUUUUCCCCCAUUUGGAUUCCUUCACUUUGAUCUCUCACGCUCUCUGCAGCUCUGCUCCCCCAUUUUUGUUUUUUUCGAUUUGGGUUUGUAAAGCCGAGCCAAGAGGUUAGUGGGUUUGUUUGAUUUUGGUUACUUUUCUACCAAAAAAAAAAAGAAGGGUUAGUGGGUUUCUCUAUCCUCCAUAUAGUUUUUGGUUUUUUUUGUUAUUAGUAGAUUCGGUAGAAUUGAAUGUGGUUCAGGUUGUGUUUCUGGUAGAGAUCAUACCUAAUCAUUGGUGGGUCUUUGGCCUCUUCUGGUUUGUUAUUGCCUUUUAUUUUGAAAACACUAUUAUAUAUCUGUUAAUUUUUUUGGCAAAAGUUAAAGGAUACUAAAGUUUUGUUCCAUCAUUUCUGUAUAAUGGAAAGAACAAUAGAUUUAGAUGACUUUGAUUGCAUAUACCCAGAAUUUUCUUUUAUUUCUUGUACUCUUUUCUGGAAAUUUGAGUUGUACUGUUAAUAUGAGUAAACCUAUAUUGUGAUUUUGAGUUUUUAUUUUUUUUUAUAGAAGUUCUGUUGCUUUGGUCGGUUGGGAGAGUUUUUGAGUUGAGGGAAGUGUUUGUGAACAAAAUGAGGUGUUUUUGUUUCCAAUUCUGCUGAUUUUUGAGUUUUGAGUGAAACACUUUUGGGUAUUGUGGAGAUCUGGGACUUGUUUCAACUCUUUGUCCCAUGAGGACUUUCUUACCCUCUGAAUCUUGUAAAGAAACACAGCUCAAUGCUGUCAGUCCACAGUCAUGGCUCCAAGUUGAAAGAGGGAAAUUUUCCAAAUUCUCAUCUCAGUCUCAGUCACAGUCUUCCAUAGAAUCUUUUAUCAAGGUCCCAGAACCACCGGUUCUUCCAUUCUUUAAACCAGUUGAUUAUGUAGAAAUUUUAGCUCAAAUUCAUGAAGAAAUAGAGUCAUGCCCUCCACAUGGGAGGUCAAAUCUCUAUUUGUUGCAAUAUCAGGUCUUUAAGGGUCUCGGGGAAUCCAAGCUGAUGCGAAGAAGCCUUCGAUCAGCUUGGACAAAGGCAAGAACAGUCCAUGAGAAAAUUGUCUUUGGAGCAUGGUUGAAGUAUGAGAAGCAAGGUGAAGAGCUCAUCACUGACCUAGUUUCCUCUUGUGGUAAAUAUGUUAAGGAGUUUAGGCAGAUAGAUAUAGCCUCUGAGCUCCCUACUGAUACAAAAUUGAGCUCCAUUGGAGCUAUCGCGAUGAAUGGAAAUCGGGUUUCAAGAACUGUCUCUUUCUGGGUUGGAGAUGAGAAAAUAGAAUGCGAUAGGCAGAAGAUUGCGGGCCUGUCGGAUCCAUUUAAUGCUAUGCUUAAUGGGGGUUUCACGGAAUCACUGUGUGAGGACAUAGAUUUUUCUAAAAAUAAUAUUUCUCCAUCGGGUAUGAGGGUGAUCAGUGAGUUCAGCAUGAUGGGAAGUAUAAAUGAAGUUGCCUCAAAGCUAUUAUUAGAAAUCUUGGUGUUUGCCAACAGAUUUUGCUGUGAAAGGCUCAAAGAUGCUUGUGAUCAGAAGCUUGCUUCUUUGGUUUCCUCCAAACAAGAUGCCGUGGAACUAAUGGAAUGCGCUCUUGACGAGAAUUGUCCUGUCCUUGCUGCAUCAUGUUUGCAAGUGUUUUUGCACGAACUUCCCGAUUCUCUCAAUGAUAAUCAGGUAGUUCAACUACUAUGCAAUGCUAACAGGCAACAUAGAUUAAUCAUGGUUGGUCUGGCAUCAUUUUCACUCUACUGUUUGUUAAGUGAAGUUGCCAUGAACCUGAAUCCUCAGUCAGAUAAUACAGUUCUGUUCUUGGAAAGACUGAUAGAGUGUGCUGAAACUAAUCGGCACAGAUCUGUGGCAUAUCAUCAAUUGGGAUGUGUCAGACUCCUGAGGAAAGAAUAUGAUGUCGCUGAAGAGCUCUUUGAGGCAGCUUUAAAUGCAGGCCACGUUUAUUCUGUUGUUGGUUUGGCCAGACUUGGUUACAUUAAGGGCCACAAGAUUUGGUCUUAUGAGAAGCUUAGUUCUGUUAUUUCCUGUGGUACUCCACUUGGAUGGAUGUACCAAGAGAGGUCACUAUAUUGUGAAGGCAAUAAGAGGUGGGAAGACCUUGAAAAAGCAACUGAAUUGGAUCCAACACUUACUUAUCCCUAUAUGUAUCGAGCUGCAUCGUUGAUGAAGAAGCAAAAUGAUCAAGCUGCCCUAGCGGAAGUCAAUCGGGUACUUGGGUUCAAACUAGCAUUAGAAUGCUUGGAACUCCGAUUUUGUUUCUAUCUGGCUCUUGAGGACUAUGGAGCAGCACUUCGUGACGCUCAGGCUAUUCUUACGCUUUCCCCAAAUUAUAGGAUGUUUGAGGGAAGAGUUUCAGCUUCCCAACUCUGUGUUCUUGUGCGUGAACAUGUCGAGCAUUGGACAACAGCAGAUUGUUGGUUACAAUUGUAUGAUAGGUGGUCUUCGGUUGAUGAUAUUGGAUCACUAUCCAUAAUUUAUCAAAUGCUUGAAUCUGAUGCAGCGAAGGGAGUUCUAUACUUCAGACAGUAUUUACUUCUCCUCAGAUUAAAUUGUCCAGAAGCAGCCAUGCAAAGUUUACAGUUGGCUCGUCAACACGCAUCAAGUGAACAUGAACGUUUAGUUUAUGAGGGAUGGAUCUUAUAUGAUAUGGGUCAUUGUGAGGAAGGGCUACGGAAAGCUGAGGACUCUAUAAGUUUUAUGAGAUCUUUUGAGGCCUUCUUUUUGAAAGCCUAUGCAUUGGCAGAUUCUAGCCAUGAUUCAUCUUGUUCUUCUACUGUCAUAUCAAUUCUUCAAGAUGCCUUGAAGUGCCCCUCAGAUCGACUUCGAAAGGGUCAGGCUCUGAACAAUCUUGGAAGUGUUUAUGUUGACUGUGGGAAACUAGACUUGGCAGCUGAUUGCUACAUCGAUGCCCUUAAAAUCCGGCACACCCGAGCCCACCAGGGUCUUGCUCGGGUUCACUUUCUCAGAAACAAUAAGACCGCUGCAUAUGAGGAAAUGACUAAACUGAUUGAGAAGGCUCAGAACAAUGUGUCUGCCUAUGAGAAGAGGUCAGAAUACAGUGAACGUGAACUCACAAAGGCUGAUCUAGAGAUGGUCACUCAUUUAGAUCCCCUCCGCGUCUAUCCUUACAGAUAUCGAGCUGCAGUGUUGAUGGACAACCACAAGGAAAAAGAAGCGAUAGCGGAAUUGUCGAGAGCGAUUGCAUUCAAUGCAGACCUCAACCUGCUACACUUGAGGGCAGCAUUUCACGAGCAUAUCGGUGAUGUUAUGGGUGCCUUGCGAGACUAUCGAGUUGCUGUCUCUGUUGACCCAAACCAUGAGAUGCUGGAACUUCACAGCAGUCGAGAGCCAUGAACCCCCAAAACACAAAAUAGAAAAAAAAAAAAAAAAAAA